AAGGAAAUCAUGAAAGAAUUGAAAGAGAGUUUUCUGGAUUCCGACGUUUAUUUGUUAGAUUUCUUUUGGACCCAACAUCCUCUGUUCAAUGGGAAAAAAUAGAAAAACUUCCUGAUGGAGCUGUGGGGGACUAUGAAAUGCUACCGACUCCUCCUCUCACUCAAAUACGGGUGUUGGAUAAACUUGUUGUGAUUAAGCUCAAUGGUGGACUUGGGACAUCAAUGGGUUGUCAAGGUCCUAAAUCAGUUAUUUCAGUUCGGAAUGAUCUUACAUUCCUUGAUUUGACUGUCCAGCAAAUUGAGAGUUUGAACAAGACAUAUAAUGCAAAUGUGCCAUUGGUCUUGAUGAAUUCAUUCAACACAGAUGAGGAGACUCAACUCAUCAUUCAGAAAUACACAAAAUUUGAAAUCCAAAUCCAUACUUUUAAUCAAAGUAAUUAUCCGCGAAUCAACAAGGAAUCUCUAAUGCCCGUAGCAAGAUCUUGUAACACUUCUGCAGACAUGGAAGCUUGGUAUCCCCCUGGUCACGGUGAUUUUUACGAAUCAUUUUACAAUUCUGGUCUCUUGGAAGAGUUUAUCAAACAGGGACGAGAAUACUGCUUCAUAUCCAAUAUAGACAACUUGGGCGCAACUGUAGAUUUAAAUAUUCUCAACAUGUUGUUAAACCCAGGGGAAGGUUCCGGCAAACCCAAGGAAUUUCUGAUGGAGGUUACCGAUAAAACACGAGCUGACGUGAAGGGUGGUACGUUAAUUCAGUACGAAAAUAAGUUACGCUUGUUGGAAAUCGCUCAAGUUCCUAAAGAGAAAGUGGAAGAUUUCAAGUCAGUCAAGACAUUUAAGUUCUUCAAUACUAACAAUUUGUGGGUGAAACUGCCUUCCAUCAAACGAAUUAUCGAGAAUGGCACAUUAGAUAUGGAAGUUAUAGUCAACCCCAAAACUUUAGAUAACGGAUUGAACGUUAUCCAACUAGAAACUGCUGUUGGUGCUGCUAUGAAGUGUUUUGAGGGAUCGAUAGGCUUGAAUGUACCUCGUAGCCGUUUCUUGCCUGUGAAAAAGACUUCCGACUUGCUUUUAGUAAUGAGCAAUCUGUACAAUUUGAAGAAUGGAAGCCUUUCCAUGAGCGCGCUAAGGAGUUUUCCAUCAACACCGCUCAUCAAACUGGGAGAAAACCAUUUUGCCAAGGUCCGCGAGUUUCUGAAGCGGUUUGCCACAAUUCCUGAUUUGCUAGAAUUGGAUCAUUUAACUGUUUCGGGUGAUGUUACUUUCGGACGCCAUGUCUCGCUGAAGGGGACGGUUAUUAUCAUUGCUAAUCACGGAGACCGUAUCGAUAUUCCGUCUGGAGCAAUUUUGGAAAAUAAAAUUGUCUCGGGUAACUUGCGCAUUUUGGAUCAUUAGGUCACUAACUAGUGAAUGUCCUGGAAGUUAUCGUUGUUAUAGUUGAGUAUUCGGUUAUUGUGUAAAUUAGAUAGUUUUUGCUAGGAUCGCAAACGCAGCUAAAGUCUUGCUCAUCUGGUAAAAGCAAUAUAUUCAAUAAAGUUAUUAAGAAUUG